AUGAAGGCCCGCCUUGUCGCGGCGACCCCGCCCGACCGGACAAAAUCGUCCGGCGCUAAGAGGCCUUCAAAAGGGAGAUCACCCUCAAAAAUCAAAUCAUGGCAAGAAAGUAUAAAAACAGAUAUGUCGUUACCGCCCCAGUGGCCUUGGAAACCACAGGGGACGUUGAUGUCGGCUCCCGUAGCCUGGCCGCAUUUUCGUUACCAAGCGAAAGGCGAAGAGAUGUGGAAGCCCCACGAACAACCGACGACGGCCUAA